AUGCGCUCAUUCUUCUUCCUUGCGGCUCUCCCGCUUCUCGUCUCUGCCUGGAAUGAGAAUGUCCUGCUAGGCCGUGCUACCAGCGGAAAUGCAACUCAGUGUGCCUCUGGCGAUGCAGUCUGCGGCGAGUUCUGUAUUCCCAGCACCUACACUUGCUGUCCCGAUCUGGAAGGUGGAUGUGCUGCCAACACUGAGUGCCAGAAGGGCGGAAAUGGUGUAUAUGGCUGCUGCCCCACCGGUAACACCUGCACUGGUGAUGGUGGUGCUGAAUUCUUAGACGACGGCUCAUCCUCAAGCUCAAGCUCUACCGCCACCACAUCCUCAGGAGCCGCCACCAAGACAGGUUCUUCAGGUAACGAUGCUGGUGCCCUUGUUCUCAGCAAGGGAGGCGUUGUUGCUGCUGCAGUCGCCGCUGGUCUGCUCUUGGGUUUCUAG